UGAACAUUUCUAGCAGUCCGUACUUCAGGAGUACAGAGCGAGGACCUGCAGACAGACGCACUCCAGGCGCAUCGCUCAUGGUGCAAGACAGAGCCACGGAUCUGCGAUAAACUCGCACGGUCUCUUCCCAGCUGCCUCGCCUUUACCUCGCUCCUUUAACCCGGAUUACUCGUUAUUUGAGCUCGGUUUUUUUUUUUUACGAUUCUGUUGGUGUGUUUUUUUUUCUUCUUCUUCCCACCCGAGAGAGAGAGAGCGAGAGAGAGAGAGAGAGAGAGAGAGAGAGGCUCGAUGCUUUUUUUGGUUUUUGUUUCCUUAAUGAAUCUCACGAAAGCAUCGCCGUUUCAUUAUUUCCUGUCAAUUGGGACAUGAUCACAUCGCCCUCGGCGUCUGUCCUGAAACGUAGUGGUGUUUGUGUAGCCUGGGAAAGCAGCAGUUCUCGGAAUAGCAGCUCAGCGAGCAUCAACAAGCCGUUUCUCCACUCCGCACCCCCGUCCGAUCCACUACGGCAAGCCAACAGACUUCCCAUCAAGAUUUUGAAAAUGCUUACCGCACGGUCGGGACACAUUUUGCACCCGGAGUACCUGCAGCCUUUGCCUUCUACCCCGAUCAGUCCGAUAGAGCUAGAUGCCAAGAAAAGUCCGUUGGCUCUUCUGGCGCAGACCUGCUCUCAGAUCGGCAAACCGGACCCACCGCCUUCCUCCAAAUUGUCCUCCGUAACAAAUGGAUCUAGUGAGAAGGAAUCUAAAUCUGGUCCUCUGAAAAUGAGUGACAUCGGUGUGGAUGACAAAUCUAGCUUCAAACCUUAUUCCAAGCCUUCAGAUAAGAAGGACUCGUCUUCGGGCGUCUCAAGCGGAGAGAAGUCUGGUUUCCGAGUGCCGAGCGCCACCUGCCAGCCGUUCACUCCGCGGACAGGCAGCCCCAACUCCAGCUCCUCCGCCUCCCCCAUGCCGUCCGAGGGCAAAGGCGGGGAUAGGGAUGACAAAAAAGAGUCUGAUUGUAAUAAAAAUGGCAACACGGAUGGCUCCGGCACCACCAGCCACAGCAGGAUAAGCGUGAGCUGUGGAGGAAUUAACGUGGAGGUCAACCAACACCAGGAGACGACGCCUGGCAACAAAACCUCCUCCUCCUCCUCUUCCUCCUCCUCCUCGGACUCCCCAUCUGUAACUUCUGUAUCCUCCGCGUCCGUUCUCGGGUCAGGACUCGUGGCGCCGGUUUCUCCGUACAAACCAGGGCAGACGGUUUUCCCUUUGCCCCCGGCUGGUAUGUCCUACCCGGGUAGCUUGGCUGGGGCCUACGCCGGCUACCCUCAGCACUUCCUCUCCCACGGAGGGGGCUUGGUGAACGCACAGCUGGCCAGCUCACUGGGCUGCAGUAAGGCUGGCUCCAGCCCUCUGUCCGGAGCUUCUCCCCCGUCCAUCAUGUCAGCCAGCCUUUGCAGAGACCCUUACUGCCUCAGUUACCAUUGUGCCAGUCACUUAGCGGGCGCAGCCAGUGCCCAGUGCUCGCACGAGUCCGCAGCUGCCGCGGCCGCUAACGCCCUCAAAUCCAGCUACCAGCUCAUGUACCCGACACACCCCAUGCACGGCGUCCACUCCUCGGCGCCAGCGUUUACCGGACACCCGCUGUACCCGUACGGGUUCAUGCUCCCCAAUGACCCUCUCCCCCACGUUUGUAACUGGGUGUCGGCAAAUGGACCAUGCGACAAGCGUUUCUCCUCUUCAGAAGAGCUCCUGAAUCACCUGAGGACUCACACGGCUUUUACCGGGGCGGAGAAGUUGAUUUCCGGUUACCCAGGGUCCUCGUCUCUGGCCAACGCUGCAGCGGCGGCCAUGGCCUGUCACAUGCACAUGCCGCCUUCAGGUGGCCCCGGGAGUCCCGGGACUCUGGCUCUGAGGAGCCCGCAUCACGCGUUAGGACUCAGCAGCCGCUACCACCCGUACUCCAAAAGCCCCCUGCCACAGCCCGGUGCCCCGGUCCCAGUCCCCGCUGCCGCCGGCCCUUACUACUCCCCGUAUGCACUGUAUGGCCAGAGACUCACCACAGCAUCAGCGCUUGGAUACCAGUGAGGGGGGGAAACAAAAAAAAAUAAGACUUUGAAGAGUUUAUAGUACUGAGAAUGCAAAAUAUAAAGACUUUUAUAUUAACAGCGCUAAACUUAUGGGCGGGAUCCGUGGACUUCAACUGUAUUUAUUUAUAUGUCUGCUUAAACGCAGGCGGUAAUAGCUGCAAAUGGAAAAAUAUUUGAGCAACUCAAAAAGUGCAUUAUGUUUAAACUGAUCUCUCUAUAGGUAAAAUGAAAACACACACAUGUUAGAGUACUAAUUAAAGUAGGGGUCUUCAUUUCGAUGUUAAUUUGAAAUUGCUAUGAUUGUAUUUGUUCUUAUUUAAUGUCUCAUUGAGAAGAAAAAUAAUUUACAUGCAUGUUUGUUUCUUAAAUUUCAGAAAUUGUCCACAUUUUAAAAAUUGCCGUUAUUUUUCAGGUGUACACCUUGGAAAGAGAAUUGGUAUUUUUUUGUAUGUAUUCUGGAAAAAAUAAGAAACAAUUCUGUUCCAUAUCUCCGUGUGCCUCAUUUUCUGAAGUAUUAUUCAGUGUCGAAAUAGUUGAAUUUAUAUUAAACUUUCAGUUUUUAAAAUUGGUUUGUUAAAUUAAUGGGGUUAAGAAACCUCAUUGAUAAAUUCCGCAACAUGGCCUAUAUACAUUUUCCUGUCAUACUUUUAAAAACAAUUAAUUUGAACAUUUGCUGAUAUAGUGUGCAUCUUUCUUUCUUUCUUUCAAUUAUAUUAGUUUGAAUGCUAAAUAAUUGAGAAGCUUUAAACGUUCACUUUUAUCAGAGCACGUGUUAAAAAGUUUAAAUUAAAUGCAACUUGAAUGAGAGUGGAAAUUGGUUGUGUGUGUGUGUGAGAGAGAGAGAAAUGCAUUGUGUGUGUGUGUGUGUGUGUGUGUGUGUGUGUGUGUGUGUGUGUGUGUGUGUGUGUGUGUACACAGUUAAUCGGGCUUUUGUAUGAGAUCAUUUAGUUUCGUGGUGGGUAAAGUUUAUCAGUAUGUUUUAUUGGUGUUGUAGCUUACUGGCUACUUUACCUGCAAAAAAAAAAGUUGGUCCAGGACAGAUUUUUCUGUAGUUUAUAAGCACAGCUGCGUUUUAAAUUGCUAAGAUUAAAAUAUAUCAAAACACAUUUUACAAGACGGGCGUUGACUUGAAUAAUUUGCUGGCUUUCAGAUUUAAUGCAAUAUUAAUUUUACAAGCGUCUUGGACCAGUGUGUCUUUUCAUUUCUGCUAAAGCUGUGGGCUGACAGCGAGCCUCUGAUUCUCCACCAAACUGCUAUUUCGACGUGGAAGCCAUUAUUCAUUUUUAUUUUACAUGGCUGGUAUAGGUUAUUUUUCAUUAUUAUCAGGAUGUUAUUAUUUAAUUUGCAUUUGAUAAUCUCAUCCACCUGUAAAUCUUAAUGUACACAGCACUACAUUUGUUAUUAAAAGAAAAAGAUCUUGUGCAAAGUUGUGGGAUUUUCAUGAAGGAACAAACA